AUGGAUUCCCAUUCCUCCAAUCAGACUCAAAGCAAACUUUGUCGCCUCCCUACAGAAAUACUAUUAGAGAUUCUCAAGGCACCUAAAAGGUUUGCGGACAAAGUCAGACUCGCCAGUACAUGCAGGAAACUGUAUGAUCUCCUAAUCCUAGAUAUGUACUGCGAAGCAGGUAAAAAGUUCCAUUGGGAAAUUAUGACGACAGCCGCAGAGGAUGGCAAUUGGCGCACUCUUGCCAGAUGCAUCGAAGCUGGUGCACCUAUUGAUUAUCGACCUCCGAAGCGCCUUUUCCGGCCUCUAGUAACAGCUAUCACGCUCUCUCGUCCUCGCACUGUCAAGUGGCUUCUUAACCGUGGGGCAAACCCGAAUAGUGCGGGUUAUGACGAUAAAGCCUUGGAGGCUCCAUGCCCUCUUGCACUGGCUGUUGGAUACGCCAUAAGACCCGGAAUUCUCCACAAUCAUAUACCUCGUCGAUGGAAACGCCAGGGCAUCAAGAUUCCAUCCUACAAAUGCCAUCAGCGAAACAGUCGCGAGAUCAUCAAGGCCCUCCGCCAGGCAGGUGCUGACGAGCAGCCUCUUGGAGAUACUGAACGGUUACAUCUAGAUUCCAUCGAAGCUGGAACAUUCUGCUGUUCUCAACACAAACCCCGUCUCUGGUACCAACGGAGGUAA